GAAGCGGUGGCAGAGGCCGCGGGAGGUUGGUGGUGAGCUGAUGCAGGCUGCGCGGCACGUCGUGGUCGCCCUGUCCGGCGGGGUGGACAGCGCCGUGGCCGCGCUACUGCUGAGGCGGAGAGGCUACCAAGUGACAGGGGUGUUCAUGAAGAACUGGGACACGCUGGAUGAACAUGGAGUUUGCACUGCUGACAGAGACUGUGAAGAUGCUUAUAGAGUUUGCCAGAUCCUAGACAUCCCUUUCCACCAAGUGUCCUAUGUGAAGGAGUAUUGGAAUGACGUGUUCAGUGAUUUCUUAAGUGAAUAUGAAAAAGGAAGGACUCCCAAUCCUGACAUAGUCUGCAACAAGCACAUCAAGUUCAGUUGUUUUUUCCAUUAUGCUGUGGAUAAUCUCGGAGCAGACGCCGUCGCCACAGGUCACUACGCCAGAACCUCACUGGAGGAUGAGGAAGUCUUUCAGCAGAAGCACAUGAGGAGGCCAGAAGGGCUUUUCAGAAAUCGAUUUGAAGUUAGAAAUGCGGUAAAACUUCUUCAAGCAGCUGACAGCUUUAAAGACCAGACCUUCUUUCUCAGCCAGGUUUCCCAAGAUGCCCUGAGGAGAACCCUCUUCCCUCUGGGGGGGCUAACAAAAGAUUUUGUCAAGAAAAUAGCUGCUGAAAAUAGAUUCCAUCACGUGCUUCAGAAGAAGGAGAGCAUGGGCAUCUGUUUCGUUGGUAAAAGAAAUUUUGAAAAUUUCAUCCUUCAGUAUUUACAGCCUCGACCUGGUAAAUUUAUUUCUAUAGAAGACAAUAAAGUUUUGGGAACACACAAAGGUUGGUUCCUGUAUACUUUGGGCCAGAGAGCCAAGAUAGGCGGCUUACGGGAGCCCUGGUAUGUGGUGGAGAAGGACGGCACCAAGGGCGACGUGUUUGUGGCCCCCCGGACAGACCACCCGGCUCUGUACAGGGACCUGCUGCGGACCAGCCGCGUGCACUGGAUCGCAGAAGAGCCGCCCGCCACCCUGGUCCGAGACAAAAUGAUGGAGUGCCACUUCCGGUUCCGCCACCAGAUGGCGCUAGUGCCCUGUGUGCUGACCCUCAAUCAAGACGGCACCGUGUGGGUGACGGCUGUGAAGGCUGUGCGGGCCCUGGCCCCGGGACAGUUUGCCGUUUUCUACAAAGCGGGUGAGUGUCUGGGCAGCGGGAAAAUCCUGCGCUUGGGGCCAUCCGCCUACAUACUCCAGAAGGGCAAGAGCAAGUCCAGAGUGGCCACCGAGGGCCCCGGCAAUGGCCCCAGCGAUGGCCCACGGCUGGGCCCCACGUUCUGA